CGACACAUCGAAGCUCUCUGCACAUAGAGACUAUGCUUGUAUGUCGAUUUUUGUUGAGCACGGAAUCUAAUCCUGGCCCCUAUGUUGCAGAUGCGCAUGAUGGUUUGCGAAGAACUCCGGCUAUAACCCUGUCCACAAAGCACAACGGCCGAGAUACAAUAUCCUUCAAAGCCAAGGAUGAUAAUGUCCCCUUAAGCCAACCUGGGAUCUCCUUUCAUCCCAAGCACUUGGGACAACUCUUUUCUUUGUGGUUUGAUGGAGACUGUCGACUAGAUACGGACGAUACUGGAGCUCUUCAACAACUCUUUGACAUCGUAACGAGCAGCAGGGUUCGAAGUCCCAGAAUCAUGCUUUGGCUUCAUCAUAAAAGGGUCCAUUCCAUGUCUCCUGAUCAUUCAGCUUUUCAUUCCAGCACGACUUUCGGUUUUUCCUCACACAAGAACAGAAUUGCGUCUCUUCCACACAGGAGCAGAAUUUCGUCUUCUUCACAAGUCAGAACAACCACAAACACCAUGUCUACUAACGCUAACCACGUCCGGUCCAAGUCUUUGCAGCAGGGAAAGGGAAAGAGCAAGGGCAAGAGACAGGCUCCCUCGACCCCCCAUGCUCAAGCCCCGAUCCCCGAUCCCGCCUUGUGGGACGGUUACUACAAGGUUAUCACCCACGGGGAAGUGACACAGGGCGGAGCCCACCGCGGCUCAUGCAAAGUGCAAUGCCGCUACUGCUGGGUGACCUGGACCAGCAGCACCUCUCCCCCGUCCGCUAUCAGUCUGCAGCUCCAUCUGCACUUCUGCCCGGGUCGCAGAGAGCGUCUCGCUGACGCAAAGAAGCGGAAGCUAGGGAAGUGCCCCUGCCAGCUGCCUAAAAGCCAGACAUCAUCGUCCAAGCAGAAAGAAUGGCACUACGAUGGAGAACAGUGCCAGCCCCCGGAGCUCACCAAGCUGACAACAGAGCAGAUGCGAGAGCGGUUCGUGGUCGGCACUAAGGGCUUCCGGCUGAAGGCGCAGUGCCGCGACUGCGACCGAAAGGUCUGCAAUACGCGGCGGGCGCUCUGCGCCCAUCUGGCUGGGUGCGCGAUGCGCCGCAAGUUCUUGCUCUUCCGGGGUGAGAAGGCGGAUCGGUGGGCUAAGUGUCGCGAUUGCGGUGCGGUGGUCAAGGCCAAUCGAGGGGUUAAAAUGGUGCAUUCGGUGAAAGAAUGCCCUGCUCGGUCCUCUGAUUAA